CAUUGGGCAGCAACAUAUGGUAUCAUAGUGGUGGCUGACCUUCUCAUCCAUGGCUGCCUUUACCUCCUCUCUACUAAGGAGUGCCGUAACCAUCGGAGCUUUAGCCCCUUUGAAUCCAUUGAAGCAACGGAAUCCCUUUCGUCUAAUUCACUCAAAUUUCAAUCUUUCUACUCGCCAAUGUACUCGCAGAGCCAUAUCUAGUGUGAGAGCAACACAUGAUGAAGAAGCUUCUGCUAAAGCAGCUGCAACUGAAGCCAAUAGUGGAGCUCCAACCAUAUUUGACAAGAUAAUUUCAAAAGAGAUCCCUUCUUCAAUUGUGUAUGAAGAUGAAAAAGUUCUUGCAUUUCGUGAUAUUAAUCCUCAAGCACCUGUUCAUGUUUUAGUAAUCCCAAAGCUCAGAGAUGGGUUAACAGAGCUUGGAAAGGCUGAAGCAAGACACGAAGAUAUAUUAGGGCAUCUUCUUCACGCAUCAAAAAUAAUAGCAGAAAAAGAAGGAAUCAUUGAUGGAUUUCGUGUAGUCAUCAACAGUGGUGCUACUGCAUGUCAGUCGGUUUACCAUCUUCACUUGCAUGUUCUUGGUGGGAGACAGAUGAAAUGGCCACCUGGCUAAUGUGAGGAUUUAAGUGUUUUAACAAAAUG